AUGUGGAUCGCCAAAAUCACUUAUACGGGUAGACUUAUAGUGGCUGGAUACGAAGUAGAACAUCGAGAUUGGGCGCCAAUCUACCAUGGAGAAGUUAUCCAAGUUGGGUUCUCAAAAUUCCGCCUAGUGCUAGAAGAAAGACUCUCCCCCGUGGCCGAGAAGCAAAAAGAAUAUUAUUAUGAGCCCAACGACGAAGAUGAGCAUUAUGUGCAGAAUGACCAAAGCACAAGGUCUCUUACGUGGGACGAAGUGCUCAAAAAGAUGAACGCGAUGCUCGACAGGAUGGAUCACAGAGUGUCAAUCAGAAAUAAGAAAACAACCAGCGAUAAUAGACAGACUGAGCUUGCUACAGAGUCGGAUACUGACACGGAAUCAGAUUCGUCUAGUGAGGAUGAAAAAUCCUCUCCUUCUCCAAAGACGCCUAUGGAAAUUAUGCCAAAAGAGUAUAAGUCUGAAAGCGAAAAAGAGACUUCGUCCAAAUCUGAAGAUAGCAGUAGUACCGGUUCUUCAAGUGAUAAAGAAAUAGAGUCGUCAAGUAGAGGGCGCACAAAUAAAAACGCCCUCAAGCCUUCAGAUCGUGCGAAAGUUGAAAAUUCAGAAAAGGGGAUUCUUGGAGCCCCUCCUACCUCUAUCCCUAGUAGCAGCACGAGUAUCACGUCAAAAGAUACUAAAGACAUACUUGGCCCAGCCAAGACAAUCAGUGCUACACGGCCUUUGGAAUGGAUUCAACCUAGAGCAACAAAUGAGAACCAAAGGCCCAACCAGCAGAACGAGUCAGUAAGACGAAGAGACACAAAGCCCUCCAAUGGCAUUUACGAAGGACUACUUCCCUUACCUGAACCUUCCAAGACGACAGAACAAGAGAAAUUAAGGGAAAGUAAUAGUGCGUGUCCAAACUCGAAUGAAGGGUGCUCAUCUAGCCUAACACGAGCAGAAAGUAGGGCGACACCUCUUGAAGGACAAACGCCUGAGGGAAGUCCUAAAGAGAGGCUAAGACAGAGCAACGAAGAAAUCUUCACCCUAGCUUCACCUUUCAGAUGGGCAGAUGAGCCAUGGAAUCAUGAAACCCGUGAGCGAACAAAGAUAGAAACAAUGGGGCAGCCAGCCACGGGCAGCAAAGGGUUAUUACCACCUCCUAGUACCCUUACGAGUAAGAACCAACCUAAGGAGGGUGGUAUGGAUCACGACUUCUUAUAG